UAUGCAGUUCACAAACUCUGGCAUCUCCCUCUGCAAACCCUACGAAUUCUUCUUCUCAACACAUCUGGGAGUUUAUGGGUGAUGAGGGCAUUUGGACCGAGUUCCAGAAACCAGGAUGUUCAUUGGAUAGUGUUGAAAUCGAGAGGUUGUAUCAGCUCAACCCGCAGUGCCAAGUUUCAUUCACUGCCAGACGAUUCUCUUACUCUCUUUACUUCAGUGGAAUGUAUCAAGUGAACAAUAAAUAUGGUACAAAAAGAGCUGUCAGGAGAAUCGCCAGUGGAAUCCAGCAAACAAACAGUACAUUGUCACAAGCUUGUUGGCAGUUCAUGGACAUGGAUGACCAAUGGAAUGAUUAUAUGAAAGGUGGUUCUCGGGGAUAUUGCAGUGUGUCAAGUCAAGAUAUUGAAGCGCAGUACCAGCAGGACUCCACUGGGACAAUGCGUUUCAGAGCGGGCAGAUUCAGCUAUGAGCUAGACUUCUCAGACAUGACCCAGACCAACCUGUCUACUAACACCAAGAGAUCUGUACGCCGCCUUCAGCAAUAAGACCUCACCUGCCUCAUCUUAUGUUUACUUUAAUAUUUACUUGUAGCUUUAUAUGAAUAAUCUCAGGACGCCGGUGCAUGCAAUGUCUGCUGGCCAUUCUCAGAAAAUGCGAUACGAAAUAGCAAAAUGAUGUUCACUUUGUCCAUGCUAACUUAUGUGCCUAUAUUGUUUUAUUAAUUGCCAUAAAAUAAUGGGUUUCAUGGUGAUUAUGUACUUGAAACAAUUUCUAUUUUUAUUUAUUUUAUCAAUGCAUUUACUUUGAUUUGUAGAUUGCAUUUGCUGUGCAGUUGGCUAUGUCUUGUGACAGCUUUUAACAUUCAUGUCUGUACAAUGUUUUUUUUUUUAAACUGCCAAUUAAUUUUAUGGGAGUAAUUAUAUAUUAUU